UCAAAGGCUUUUAUUUGUGAUUCUUUCAAACAUCAUAGUCCAUGAUGUUUAAACUGUCUCUGUGCAGCUUCAGAGUGGAUCGUGACCAAAAGUUUUGUGCAAAUCCCCAAGAAUAUUGGGUCCGCAUUCUCAUGGAGAAGGUGGAUGAAAGGCUCAGAGGGACAGUUAAAGAUAAGACCUGCUGUCUGGGGUAUGGCAAAAGAUUGAGACUGUCCGUUAGAAAAAGAGUGACCAGUUACAGAAAACAAACCCUGAACGGAGGCUGCAGAAUCCAAGCAAUUGUAUUCAAAUUGGACAAUGACCAAGAGUUUUGUGCUGACCCCUCUGAAAUAUGGGUAAUUGAACUCAUGAUGAAGGUGACCAGAUCGCGAGAUUCAAGGAGCUCUUCCAUGUCUCAUAUACCUCGAAUUCCCAAAUACCCUCGAAUUCCCGAAUAUCCUCGAAUUCCCGAAUAUCCUCGAAUUCCUGAAUAUCCUCGAAUGCCCGAAUAUCCUCGAAUUCCCGAAUAUCCUCGAAUGCCUCGAAUGCCUGCAAUGCCUCGAAUGCCUGCAAUGCCUCGAAUGCCUGCUAUGCCUCAAAUGCCUCGAAUGCCUGCAAUGCCUCGGAUGCCUUUUUAAAUGCCUAAAAUACUUAGAAUGCCUGAAUUGCUGUGGAUGCUCCAAAAUACCUUGAAUGCCUUCAAGCCUCAAAUUUCUUCCCAUGCCUUCCAUGUCUCCAAUGUAUCAAAUUCCUUGAAUGCAUAAAAUGCCUUCUAUGCCUUGAAUGCCUGAAUAGAUAUAAUGUUGCCACUUUAACUGUAACUGAAAGUAACUGAAUUAAA